AAAUUGCCUUUUUCCCUUCAACCAGAACCAAGAACUUGCUAUAAUCAUACACGACACUCGGCCAUGGCUACCGUGAACCCCAAUUGUUUCUUCUCAACCCACAAAAUCUCUCCACCCAAAAAACCCUCAUCUUUAACCCCAUUCUCCUUCUCCUUCUCUUCGUCUAAAUUCUUCACCCGAUCAAGAAACGCUCAUAGACUAUACCCUCUAAUCAACUCAAUUGCAGAGGACAGAGAGGUGGUUACGGAAGAGAUUAGCAUCUCCAAUAUGAAUCAAGAUGAACAAAUUGGAAGUGAAUUAGAGUCUAAUUCACUCGUUGAUGGAAUUGGGUCUGAAGGAAUCGAUAGGUUUGUGGGUAAAGCAAUUAAUGCUUCUAUUGUUCUUGGUGUUGGUACUCUUGCUGUCACUCGGUUGCUCACCAUUGAUCACGAGUAUUGGCAUGGAUGGACCCUUUACGAGAUACUUAGAUAUGCUCCCGAACACAAUUGGAUUGCUUAUGAAGAAGCCCUUAAAGAAAAUCCCGUAUUGGCUAAGAUGGUGAUAAGUGGGAUUGUUUACUCCAUAGGCGAUUGGAUUGCACAAUGUGUUGAAGGGAAGCCACUCUUUGAGUUCGAUAGGACUCGCUUGUUCCGAUCAGGUCUUGUUGGGUUCGCUCUCCAUGGAUCCCUUUCUCAUUUCUAUUACCAAUUUUGUGAGGCUCUUAUUCCUUCCAAAGAUUGGUGGGUAGUUCCUGCUAAAAUUGCAUUUGACCAAACAGCUUGGGCAGCGGUGUGGAACAGCAUCUAUUUUGUGGCUUUGGGGUUACUGCGCUUGGAGUCUCCUGCGAAUAUAUUCAACGAACUCAAAGCAACAUUCUUGCUAAUGUUAACAGCUGGAUGGAAACUAUGGCCAUUUGCACAUCUGAUAACUUAUGGUGUCAUUCCUGUCGAACAAAGACUUCUUUGGGUGGAUUGCGUCGAGCUCAUAUGGGUAACCAUACUCUCAACAUAUUCCAACGAGAAAUCAGAAGCACGAAUAUCAGAUGUAGACUCCAGUUCUCCGUCUAGAUGAAUCUCCGAGGCUGUUAUCGACCUUCGUGGGCCCCGUUAUGUUCAACAAGUCUUGGUGGGGUCUACGUAUGCUCACUUAUGUCGUAUCGUUUUGACUGACGGACAGGAAUCACUGAGGGAAGUUAUGAAGAAAGAUGCAAAUAUGAGGAGAGAUGAAUUCAUUUGUAAGGUAGCAAUUCUUGAAAGGGGGUAUGCUAUAGUUAUAGCAGAUUAAUAAACGAUCUGUAUAAGAGACAGUUAUUCUGCAAGUAAAUGAUAGAAUGUUUAUAAU